ACCCAAUGUUUCGAGGACAGAGACUUAGUGCUUGGUUGGUUUCUCGUGUGUCCUGAAGGAAUCGACCUGUUCUUCAUGGGCCACUUCACUUUCUGCCUGCCUUCCCUGAGAAGAUGGCUUCAACCAAACUACACACCCCAUGCAGUAGUUCAGUAGUCAUCAAGCAGAAUGGCAUCAGAUGCGAGUCACAUGUUGGAGGCAGCCUUGGAGCAGAUGGACGACAUUAUCGCAGGCUCCAAGGCCGUGGUGGAGUUCAGUAACGGCCUGUAUGAUCUUGGCUCUCCGGUCAGCGUGGGUCCUCUGCAGGUGCUGCAGCUGGCCGAGGAGCUGCGUGUGGCUCUGGAGCUUCAGGCCGGAGAUGAAGGCCAAGAGACGCUGCGCUCCCAGCUUCCGUGCUCCACCGCGCGGACCCUGCUGGACUGGCUGGAGAGAGGAACGGUCAACCUCCAGUCCCCGCCGAACAAUGAGACGUAUCAGCAGCGGUUGGAGAGAUUAGAGGGGGAUAAAGAGUCUCUGGUUCUGCAGGUGAGCGUCCUGACGGAGCAGGUGGAGGCGCAGGGAGAGAAGAUCAGAGAUCUGGAGGCCUCUCUGGAGGAGCACCACCACAAACUCAUCUCCACUGAGGAAAUGCUCCAGCAGGAGCUCCUGAGUCGAACCUCGUUAGAGACACAGAAGCUGGAUCUGAUAGAUGAAGUUUCAUAUCUGAAGCUGAAGCUGGUCAGUAUGGAGGAGGAACACGGACACACAGACGGAGACGACAAACAGCACAAAGCUGAGUGUGUGGUUAAUGUAAUUAGCGAGCUCCAGGAGCAGAUGCGUAAGUUCCAGCAGGAGAUCACCACGCGCAUCCAGGAGCAGCGGGCCCUCGAGGCUCAGGGAGAGGGGGCGUCCCAGCAGGAGCGCGACCGCAGCCCUGACGUGGGCUUGGGCUCAUCAGACGCCGAGGACUGCAGCUGCCGCUGUAGAGCUGCAGGAGAGAACGCUCUCCAGCAGGAGCUGCGUGUGUUGAAGACUAAAGUAGACGAGCUGGAGAGUGAGAAAUCUCAGUAUGAGAGGAAGCUGAAGGCCACCAAGGCUGAAAUCUCUGAGCUUCAGCAGCUACUGGCCUCUAAAGAUGCUGAAAUCGAGAGUCUCCAGAACCAGCUUCUGUCCAAAGGAAACAUCAGCAAUGACAGCAUAGAAAGAGAUGUAGAACUGCAGAGAAUGAAAAUCGGGAUGGAGUCACUGCUAGCAGCGAAUGAUGAAAAGGAUCGUCACAUAGAGGAGCUCACAGCACUCCUGGCCCAGUACAGGAAAGCCAAAGAUAUUAUGGCCUUCUCUCAAGUGUGUGGUGAUCGUUUGCUGUGUGGCAGCAGUGAGGAGGACCUGAGUGGGGCCCUGAGACUGCGACCUUUGGCCCAUAAAGCUCAUUCUGACAUUGUGCGAUCUGACCUGCAGAUGUCGACACCUCGAGGACCUUCUCCGUUCCUACUGCCUCCAGUGUGUCUACAGAAAGACCUGGAGUCCAACUGUCACGGUAUGCAGACCUCCAUGGAGAAUUCUGUGCUAUGCCCUGGUGACACAGCCUUUCACAACGGACAGCGGUCAACGCAGAGGAUGCUGUCUACUAGUUUAGAGGAGUUACAGAGUGGAUCCAAGCUGAGGCAUGUAAUGGGCCAACCAGUAGAGCCUGUUCUAAAGAAUCGGCAUGUUUCGGACAGCAGUAAGUACCGGACACUGCCGGGGAAGUUUUCUCGUCCGGAGCAGAAUGGAGAGAGGGAUCAGUACCCUUCUCCACUCCAGCUAUCACCCGAUGAGAGUGAGGACAGCGAGGUCAACCUGAGAAAAACAGAGAAGGCUGAUGAGUCCACGCUGUCUGACCUGUCGCCCAUGUCAUCAGGCAUUGACUCAGGCCAUCAGUCGCCAGUUUCUCCGGAGCAUAAGAAGAACCAGAAAGGCAUCCGGAAGCUGUGGGGAAAGAUCAGAAGGACUCAGUCCGGCAGUCUCCCUGCGGACAGUGUGGACAGUGCUGAUUUCAGGAGGGGAGGCUUCAGAGCCACCACAGGACCUCGGCUGGCCUGCGUGGGCAGCACAGACACUGCAAGCGAUGUGAACACUCCCUUCUCAAAGUGGUCAUGCGAUCAGGUGUGCACAUGGCUGGACGAUUAUGGACUGGGACAGUACGUCCCCAUGGCCAAACAGUGGGUCAGCAGCGGGCAGACUCUUCUCUCGGCCUCCCUACAUGACUUCGAAAAGGAGCUGGGGAUGAAGCACCCACUGCACAGGAAGAAGCUGCAGCUGGCCUUGCACUCCUUCACCACCAGACUGGAGGAGAAAUCCGCAGAACUGGACUAUGUCUGGGUCACACGAUGGCUGGAUGAUAUUGGUUUGCCGCAGUAUAAAGACCAGUUCCAUGAAGGCCGUGUGGACGGGCGGAUGCUACAGUACCUGACCGUGAAUGACCUGCUGCUUCUGAAAGUGAGCAGUCAGCUCCAUCACCUCAGUAUCAAAUGUGCCAUCCAUGUGCUUCACAUCAACAAGUUCAACCCCAACUGCCUGAAGAGGAGGCCAGGAGACGAGGCACAGAUGCAAAUGUCCCCCUCAGAGGUGAUGCAGUGGUCUAAUCACCGUGUGAUGGAGUGGCUACGGUCAGUGGACCUGGCUGAAUACGCACCCAACCUGCGGGGCAGCGGUGUUCAUGGUGGACUCAUAAUUUUGGAGCCGCGCUUUAACUCAGACACGCUGGCGAUGCUGCUGAAUAUCCCUCCCCAGAAGACCCUGCUGAGGAGGCACCUUGCCACCAACUUCGGCUCUCUGGUGGGAUCCCAGGCUCAGCUGGAUAAACGCGAGAACAUGGAGUCACCAGGAUACACACCGCUCUCCACCACAGCUAAAGUUCGGCCAAAGAAGCUGGGUUUUUCCAAUUUCGGCCACCUGCGCAAGAAGCGACCAGAUGACUCCAUGGACUACCUAUGUCCCCUGGAGGCAGCGCAGGCACAGGCUCUGCUGAACGGGACCCAGCGGCCCUACACGGGCUUCAGGGGUCUCAGCCCCAUCCUGGACCGGGACCCUGAGAGGCGGGAGCAGGUGGGGCCUCCACUCAGCUGAAGCUAAGCUAGCCAGCCCCCUCGAGCUUGCUGCCAAUUCCUUACCAUUCCCCAGUCAGCUGAACCAACUGCC